AUGCAAACUCUAACAACCAUUCCUAAUGUUCAAUGUGUUUGCUAUGUUACCAGAGACUUCGCCUAUCCUAGACCACUGGCUAUGGCUGUGGUUCAGGUCAUCAUGGCAAUCAGGCUCUUCUAUUAUGCUGUGGGGUUGCCAGGGCAAAUAUAUGUGACAACUGUGUUGAUAGGGCUAGGGUAUGGUGCUCACUGGGCAAUUUUGCCAGCUGCAGCUUCAGAGCUAUUUGGCUUGAAAAGUUUUGGGGCCUGUAUAAUUUUCUUACAAUGGCAAAUCCUGCUGGUUCUCUUAUCUGCUAGUGGUAUAUACGACCACUACGCAAAGGAACAAGCUGCAUUCAGACACCAUGACUCGGCUUCAAUGCUUAUAAAACCCCUCAGGGAUGAUGACUCACUCAGUUGUGUCGGCUCUGAGGGUUUAUACGAAACUCUAUGGAUCGCGCGGUUGAGCUGUGAAAGCAAAGGGCAAGUGGAUAUCUCCUGUCAGCAGAAUGAGUCUGAAAGGUUUUUCAUCCCUAUGAUAUAUGGCUGGAGUCUUUCUGAGGGUAAGAGAGUCUGA